AUGCCCAUCAUGCUCCCGAACCUGCUCGUUUCGUUGCUGUUUUCCGUUGCAGUUGCUGUCCUGUACAUGUUCAGGAAGGCAUACCGGUCCCGCAAAAUCAUUGCCGAUUUGCGUCGACAACGAAUGCCAAUGCCUCCAUUCAGCUGGGUUGCAGGCCACAUGCUUGCUGCUAGCCCUUUUCUCGAGAAGCUGCCGCCCGACGCAGUCUUCAACUACAGCGUAGCCGAGCUGGCACGAGCACAUCCCGAAGAGAAGAUGUUCUACCUCGACUUUUGGCCCAUCAACGAUCCAUUUCUGAUCGUUCUCGACCCUCAAGCCGCAACUGAACUUAUCAAAAGCCCCACGGCACCAAAACCGACAUCUGUCGCCGCGGCACUGCAUUGUUUAACCGGUGGCCCCAAUCUGUUUACCAUGCCUGACGACCAAUGGAAGUUUUGGCGUUCCGUCUUCAACCCAGCUUUUAGCCCUAUGCAGAUGCUGGCGCAGGUACCUGCCUUGCUAUCGACUGCGCAGAUCUUCCGGGGCAUCCUACGCAAAAAUGCAGAAUCGGGCGGGUUGUUUUGCCUAGAGGAAGCUACCUUCAGAUUGACCCUCGAUAUAAUUGGUCUAGUGAUACUAGACACGAGCUUUGACUAUCAACUUUCGGGCAGUGAAUUCCCCACCCGACUUCGCUCUCUUGUCGAAUGGACUUCCUUCGGUGCUGAGGUGAACCCUUUUCGGCGUUGGAAUCCUGUCCGGCCCCUGAUGUGCUGGUACCAAGGACGGUACGUCGACAAGUUCAUACGUGAAGAACUGAAGAAGGCCAUGUCCAGGCGUAGAAGCGAGAAGAUCAACAAGCAAGAGUCCGUCGCUUCAAUGGCAUUCGACCGAUACCAGGACAAACUCGACAAGGCGCCAUCCCCGUCCACCAACUCGACAUUCCUGCAGUACGGCGCGGCGCAAAUGCGCCUAUUCCUCAUCGCCGGUCACGAUACGACGUCUAGCACCAUGGCCUACGCCUUCCACCUCCUCUAUACGCACCCGGCUGCCCUCGCCCGCCUCCGUGCCGAGCACGACCAAGUCUUCGGGCCCGAUCCGGCCGCCGCCAGCACCCUCCUCGCCACCAACCCCAGCCUGCUCAACCAGCUGCCCUUCACGGCUGCCGCCAUCAAGGAGACACUCCGCCUCUUCCCGCCGGGCUCCGGCAUCCGCAAAGGCAGCCGCGACAUGGUCCUAACCAGCUCGACGACGGGCCGCCGCUUCCCGACCGAGAACUGUAGCGUGUGGGUGGUGCACAGCGCUAUGCACCGCGACGCGGGCGCGUGGCGGCGCCCGGACGAGUUCGUGCCGGAGCGCUGGCUGGCCGAGCCCGGCGACGCCCUCUACCCGCCCGCUGGCGCAUGGUGGCGGCCGUUCGAGACGGGGCCCCGCGCCUGCCUGGGCCAGACGCUGGCCAUGGUGGAGCUGAAGCUGGCGCUGGUCGUAACGGCCCGCGAGUUCGACAUGCGUCCGGCGUACGACGAGUGGUACGAGCGCCACCCGAGGACUGGGGUCAAAGACGUGCACGGGGAGCAGGCCUAUCAGGUCGAUGGGGGAGGCGGCGGUGCCCAUACGGCAUGUCAGUACCCGUGUCGGGUGAGCAAAAGGAAUCAGUAG